AUGAUUCUCGGGUCGUUGCUGCAGCUAACUCAGAUUUCUGAGGCUGGUAGACGCUGUACUUCGUCGUCAGAAUGGAAACUGGUUGGUUUGGUCGUAUGGUUCCGCCUGGUUCUACUCCUCGCCAUGGCCAUUAGCUGUCACUUCAUUCCGGAUCACAAUCCUGGGGGAAAUGUGUUGCGGUUUGACAUGAGAUUGCUCAACAAUGAAGAACAACAGCAACAACAGCAACAACCACAACAACAAGGAGAAGAAGAAGAAGACUGUUUUUGUAUCAAGGGACACUUUUGCGAACAUUUUGGAGGAAACGACGAGUCGUCGAGUGGCAAUUGUGCCAUUGCCAGUGGGAACACUUUCCUGCCGUCUCCAAUCUGGCAUUUCUUUCUCGCGCCCUUGACUAAAUGGGAUGCAGCUCGCUUUUUGAAUCUAGCACUUGACCCAACCAUGCUAGAUCCAAAGUGUUCUACUACUAGUGGUGCUGUACACUGCAACUUUGAUGCAUCCGAGGAAGCUCACGCAUUCUUCCCAUUGUUUCCAGCGAUCGUUGGCCAACUCGCCAUUCUUGCAAUGAACCUGGUGCCACUAGAAUUCCUUCCACCGACCUUUGAAGCCCUCUUGACCCUCUGUGGAUUUCUCUCUAACAUGACAUGCGCAGUAGUUGCCACCCUAUGUCUCUUUCAACUCACGCUGAGCAUUCUCCCGGAAGAGAUGAAGCCUGAACAACAACGGCAUAUCGCUUGGACCACUUGUUUGAUCAAUGGAGUUUGGAACCCUGCCAGUGUGUUCUUUGUAUCCAACUAUUCCGAGUCUCUAUUCAGUGCCACUACUCUAUUGGGUCACUAUCUAUUUCAAAUGGAAAAUAAUCUAAUCGGUAUGGGUCUCGGCGUUGUCGUUUGGACCAUUGGUUCCAAUGUUAGAUCGAAUGGAAUUCUGCAGUCCCUUUGGCUUAUCGUUUAUGCACUGGCAAAAACCUGUGCCUAUGCCAUUACGAGGAACAAGAAAAAUAGUGGCUUGAAGUAUCAUCAUUUUUAUUAUUAUUAUCAUCAUCAUUUGGUACACGCAGUCUUUGCCAUUGUGGCUGCCGUGAUCAUUGCGCAACCGAUGAAAUGGCACGAUCUCCAGGGUUUCAAUCGACAUUGCCAUGGUUCGUUACCAUCGAAUCAGGUACCAGAAUGGUGUGCUCUACAACAAGAGGGCAAUGAAUCCUUUUCUCUCUAUGGUUUUGUCCAAAGAAAGCAUUGGAAUGUUGGAUUUAUGAAAUACUACGAAUGGAAGCAAAUUCCAAACUUUCUAUUGGCUGCCCCAAUCUUGCUACUAAGUGUGAAAGGUGUCUACCAGUGGAUACAUUAUAGCCUUGUGACAGACUUUGGAAAGGGAAAACUGCCACUUCCUCGGCUGAUCCUGAUGGAUUGGCCAAUUCAAGCAUUGGCGGAGUCCGUCAGCACCAGCAUCAAGACCACAAAUUCCAAUCCGCUUCGGCCUGAAGAAUGGCUCAUUCACAACCCUUGGCUACUGGGACAUUAUGCCAUUCUUGCGAUUGUCACAUUGGUAGGCGCCUUCAUUGCCCAUGUCCAAAUCUCGACCCGAAUGAUCCUUUCCUCGUCACCAGCUUCCAUUUGGUACUUGACAUUUUUAAUCAUGCAAAGGGAAGAGCCAAAAUUGCAAAUUGCCGCAAGAACAUAUCCAUGUCUAUACAUAUUACUUGGCAUCAUAUUGCAUGUCAAUUUUUUGCCAUGGACAUGA